AUGCCGUCGUUCUAUGACGCCUUGAACGUAAGCAGCUCUGCGGCAGAAGCGGAGCUGCGCUCUGCUUACAGGCGGCAGGCGCUUGCCACCCACCCAGAUAAGGGAGGCACGCCGGAAGCCUUCAGGCUCGUCGUUACAGCCUUCGAGACUCUUACAGAUCCCGUGCGCCGCGCAGCUUACGACCUCCAGCUGAGGCACGCAAGAGCCGUUCCGAAGGAGCGCCGGGUAGCCACAGGCCCAGCAGGCCCAGCGGCGAAGAGAACAAGAACUUCCGGAGAGACCAGCAAAAGGGCGCCGAAGAAAGCCAAGCGCGAGGACGGUCAUGCGACUCGCAGCACCCCUGGCGGCCCUAGCGCGGGAGCUGAGCCACCGGAAGAGUGCAAGGACAAUGUGGCUUGGGUGCAGGAGCUGCUCAAACUGAGCCAGGUGGCACUCCGUGCCCGCCUCCAGGCCAUGACUGAGGAGGUCCUACGACGCCUUCUGGAAUUCCUCGAGUCCUGUGACCAGAGCGCGCUGGCGACGGUCGGUCCGAGCUGCAGUGCGGGCAGCGCAGGCAGCGCGGGCAGCGCGGGCAGUGGCAGCGCGUGCAGCAGCUCAGAGAGUGAGGAGCUUUCUGAGGCCGAGCCGGCCGAGCCUCUCUUGGCCAUCUGUGCGGCUGACGCCGAUGAAGAAGCGAACGAAGUGAACGAAGGAGAGGCAAGGAAUUGCGAUCAAAGCGGCGAGAGGAAACUCCUUCGGGGAAUCUGCAGGAACAAGCGAGACAGCUCCUACCAAGCGAGCGUGUAUUUCAAGGGAGUCGGGGCAUACUCGCAAAGCACCGUUGACCUAAACAAGAUUAUUGAUCUGCAUAUCAGCCUGGUUCGAAUGCGACAGCGAUUUUACGAGCACCUUGCAGCAGGGCGUAGCUGCAGAGAGGCUCUCAGCGAUGCAGUGACUGAGAUGCACUCGAACAGGGCGGCUUCCCAGUCUUCUGCCAUUCGUAUUCGCUUCUGCUGCAGAUGUACAACGAACAACAGCAAUCGGAGGCUUGACCUGGAAGAGCUAUUCCCUAUUUGGGAGUCCGAGCUUGCCAACAAGGCGAAACUCCAGGAGGAGCGGCAACAAAGACACAGCCAGAUGCAGGCAGCUCGGCAGGCAGAAAAACAGGAGGAGGAAGCACGGAAGCGAAAAGAAGCGGCACAGCGACAUCGGGAGCGCCAGGAGAGAAGGCAGGAGAAACUGCAGACGGCCGAGGAGAGGAAGCUCUUGAGAGAGGCAAGGCGGCGGGAGAGGGAAGCGAGAGCCGAAGCAAGACAGCAGCGCAAAGCAGCUGCCAGGGCUCGCAAGCUGAAGUUCUUGCACCAGGAAGUCCAGAACAUGCUGCAGCGCCUCUGCGUGCAGCGAGCGCGCGUGCUGCAGAAAGCAUUUGGAGUGAAGGUCCUUCCUGAGGGACUCGUACUGGGAAAGGUGCCUGGCGUCCAGGGUGCACAUGUUUGUGCACAGCUGCGCCUGCAAAACGGCUCGCUGUGCAAUGGCCCAUUGCGCAAAGACCUCUCUCUUGCGCGUAGCGACUUUCGGGAGCUUUCCGUCCUCCAGCGCAGAAAAGGGGACGAGGCACUCCAUGUGGAGCUGCAGCGGAGGGAGCUUGAGGCCAUGACGACCUUCUUCAUGUCCGGUAUGGCUGCGUAG